ACUAGAUUUAUAAAUGAGACUGGUAGCUAUAGUAUGCCGACCACAAAAGUACCUGUGUUUUAAUCUAUCUAUGUCUAUACUAAUAUUUGUGACUGUCGUUUGUCUGUCUGUCUGUUCGGGGUUGGCGGCUACACUAGGUCUGCCCCGAGUCUGAAAUUUGGGGUAUAGGGGUAGCUCGGACCGGGGAGUAACAUAGACCAGGUGGCGUUAGUCUACCACUUCCGGUUUCGGGGUUAUGACCCCCGAGCGAAGCCGGGCAUUCUUCUAGUUAUAAAUAAAUUAAAUCCGAAGAAAUAUUGGAACAUUUUGACUGUGAGUGACACAAUCUGGCCAAUUGAACUAUGAACUAAAACCAGUGCAGCUGAUGGUCACCACAUCUUCAACCUCGCAUGGCAAGUGUGAAGGAUAGAUUGUGGAAUGAAAUUGUAAAUACCGGUGUGACAGUUUUGAAUUGACUCCUGGUGUGUGUUUGCUCCUGGGCACUUGCACAUGUGCGAAACUAUUCUACAUAAAUAUUCUUGGUAAGCCAUAGGCAUCAGUUGUUUGUUCAAUGGAUUCAAAAUUCAGCUUAUUGCCAAAAGUCAUCAAUGGAGGUAUUGCUGGUAUUGUAGGUGUGACGUGUGUUUUUCCUAUUGAUCUGGUAAAGACAAGACUACAGAAUCAACAACCAGGUCCUGGAGGUCAGCUUCUCUACAAAAACUUAUUAGACUGUGGCGUAAAAACUUUUCGAAAUGAAGGAUUCUUUGGGAUGUAUAAAGGUUCUGGUGUUAAUUUAUUAUUAAUUACACCAGAAAAGGCUAUUAAAUUAGUAGGAAAUGAUUUUUUCAGGCACAUACUUAGCACAGAAAAGGGAAAGCUGACAUUUGGCCGAGAGGUAUUGUCCGGAGCUGGGGCUGGCAUGUGUCAGAUAAUAAUUACCACACCCAUGGAAUUGUUGAAAAUUCAGUUACAAGAUGCAGGCAGGAGUGCUUCUAUAGACUUGGCAGCUAAUAGUAAUGCUAAUAAUCCUGCUGUUACCUCCAAACCACCACCCCCUAGACUAUCAGCUACUAAAAUAGCUCUACAGCUAGUACGACAAAAGGGUAUAUUUGGUCUCUAUCAAGGUUGUGGAGCAACUGCUCUAAGAGAUGUGACUUUCUCAGCUAUUUAUUUUCCUUUAUUUGCUCAUCUUAAUGCUAUGGGUAAAAGACGUGAAGGAAGUGAUCAAGCUGUUUUCUACCAUUCCUUUCUAUCAGGUUGUAUAGCUGGCUGUACAGCUUCGUUAUCAGUUAAUCCGUUUGAUGUUGUAAAGACUAGAUUACAGACAUUACAUAAAGGUGUUGGUGAAGAAACAUAUAGUGGUAUUAUAGACUGUUUCGGCAAGGUACUGAAAAAUGAAGGACCUAAAGCCCUUUUUAAAGGUGCUCUCUGUCGUAUUCUUGUGAUAGCACCAUUAUUUGGUAUAGCACAGACAGUCUACUAUUUAGGUGUAGCUGAAUAUUUACUAGGCAUUGAGAAACCAUAGGUAUAUUAAAAUAUAAUGCUUGGAAAUAAGUGAAAAAAAUUUCAGGCAGACUAAAGACUGAAUCUCAGAAAGAAUAUUCACUCUAUGAUCAAGCAGAUGGCCAUUAUCCAGGUCUUUUACAUAAAAGAGUAUGCAUUCUAGUUGAAGGCCUGUAUGUUAUAGUUUUAGGUUUAUUUAAAUAUAUAGAAUAUAUCUACACCAUGUACAGAUUGAUUUAUUUAUGCACUGAUUAUAGUUUUUAAAUGUAGUUAAGACAAAAAAAAAAUAUACUUUUCCAAUUGAAUGAAGGGGAAAUCCUCCUUGAUUUUGAUCAGAUGCAAACAUUGAAUUAGAGAGAUGAUUUUAAUCUGAUAUGUUAAUAUCCAAUGUAUGUUUUUGUUUUCUUCUUGGUUGAGUAUGUCAAAGUUAAGUCUUGACUUUCAUUGUAGCCUUAGACAGAGACAUGUUAAAACAAAUUUGGUGGUUGAUUUUGUGAUAUAGCUGUAAAUUGAUUUAUUAUGUGAUAGUAAAAAGGCUGUUAAUCAGGUUAUUGCAAAUACUCGUACAGUAAUCCCCUCUUUAAAAUAAUGACAACCUACCAACAAUGAUAUUUUCAUUAUGUAAAGUCAGUUUAUGAAACAAUAUACCUAUUGAAGUCAAAAAGCCAACAAUUUAGUGUAAAUUGAUAUAGUUUUGAGCAAUGUCAUUAACCACAACAAAUCGGUAGGUAAAGUAAAUCUGAAUUUAAAUGUUUCUUUAAGGAUUUUAUAUCUCAUAAUAAAAUGUCAAUUUGAGAGUAUUAUUCAAUUUUGAUAUGGAAUAUUCUCAUAUUUUAGUUAUUUAGUUAAUUUUUUCUUAAAGUAACAUAACAUAUACCCUAUCCCAAUUAAUUUGUUUAUAAAUAUAUAUGUAAUUAUUUGCUUUCAAACAGAUUUAAUACAUUUUCUAUUUGUGUAGCAAGCCAGUUACGAUGGUAUUUUUGGUUAAACAUCAGAUGUUCUGGUAUCAAAAGUAUCUUUCACAUAUUACUUCUCCAAUGAAAAUCGCUCAAGUGAAUUAAACUCGAACAUCAGCAACUCUCAGGAUCUAUUGUAAAUUUUAAUUUACCCUGUCCCUGCCAAAUGUAUACCUAUAUCUCCAUCAGCAGAUUAAGAUAAUAAUAUGAUGCAUAAAGUAAAGGUGUAAUAUUCAGUGGGCCAUUGUUUAUAAUAAUCUGUACAAAAAUACAGUAGACUCCCCAUAUAACGGACUUGCAUACAAAGGACCAUCGCUUACAACAGACACAACAGUUUGGUCCUGAUUUUUGUAAUAGAAAUUUCUUAUUUUUAAAGUCUUUUAUAGCGGACACUGUAUAACGGACAAUUGUUUAUAACGGACGAUUUUCAUCGGUCCCUAAUCGACAAAUCAUUGUAAAAGUCCAUUUUUAUAACGGACUCUCGAAUAAGCAGAAUAAAAUGAUGAUAUUACUGAUUUUAUAUUAUCGGUGACCAGGAUACUUUUCCCAAAAAAUAUCCAUAAUGAUUUUAACGGAAACAUUUUUCCUGGAAAAUUCAGCCCAGACACAACAACGAUUCCACACACACGGAAAUCCCGAAUAACAACAGACUCUUUCACAUAAGCUCGUUUAUUUUGAACAUCCAUAAUAUGUGAAUACAUACAUGACUUUUAUGUAAAUACGUGCAUGUUCUGUAGAUUCUGCAUAUGAUAAUGUUAUUUCAUGGGAUAACAGAUUUUUUGUAUAACGGACACAGUUUAUAACGGACGAUUUCUUCCGGUCCAAAAGUGUCCGUUAUAUGCGAAGUCUACUGUAUGUUUUGAUUUCUAACGACUUCAGACUUUAUAUGGUUAUUGUACUAAAACAAAUAGUAAAUUGUUUUGGAAAUUUAUUGCAGAAGUACAAUUUUUGCACAAAAAUAUAUAUUCUAAACAAUUUUAAGUAAAAUAAUAAUUUAUAUGCAGUUCAUGCAUUUGGCAUUUACAAGUUAAUUAUUGAUAGAGAAAAGACAAAAAAUAUAUUUUAAGAAUACAGUUCAGUUGCUCCAAAUUUGCAUGUAUGUAUUAUAUAUUAUGUCAUUGAGUUAUAUGUACUGUAUGAUUAGAAUAUAUUGUUGGGCUAUAAGACGUUUCUAUUACAUUAAUAAUUGGAACAGAUAUUAAUUGAAUAUAUAUAUUUAAAAGACUUUCAAUUGAUUGGUGAUAAUCUUUUCUAAUGCAACAUGUACAGAUAUCUGGAGAUAUGUAUAUGGAAAGCUGUUCAAACAAUCAGCUCCUUCAAGCCAUCUGUUUUAUUAAGGUUAUUCCCAGAUUCAAUUGAAAAAAAAGACAAUAUCCAGCUGUACAAUAUACUUAAAGUGGUGUGUAUAAUGUUACGCUAUUGGUUUUCUUAUAUUUUUUUUUUUACGCCCACGUGAGCAUAUUAUUUGUGAUUUUGUUAUCUUGUACAUAUGUUAUGUCAUGUCUUUCAUAAUAGACUAUUAUCUUGGUGCUUUUAUCAGUGCUACCUGUUUUAAUCAUGCAUUGAACUCUUGUUUUAUUUACUUUCAUUUAUAUACAACUUUACAUUUCCUAAGUUUUAUGGACAAUAUAAUUUGGAAGCAUUAAACAUAUAUUCCAUUAAGAUUGUAGUUAUGCUACUAUCUGUUCAGAAAUAUACCUAAACCGCUUUUAAGUUUUAAUAUAUCUGCCAUUUAUGGGUUGUCUUUUUUCAAAUAGCAUGCAGAUACUGCAUGAAACAUACUCUAGUGCUGUCUUUGAUGUUUACUAAAGCUGUAUCAUUAUUACAGGCUAAAUACACAUCUUAGGUCCGUCAUUUUAUUUUUUCCUGGUUGGUAGAACAUGUUUUCAGAUAAUUUUUGUUUUUUGAAUGAUUAACCUAAGGGAAGAGUUUUUGUAUUUCGAAUGUUAGACCUAAGGGAAGUAUGUUUCAAUCUUCAGGUAAAUAUUUACUUGUAGAAUGGUAAAAUUACAGACACUGUAUAACUAGAAGUUAUUGCAUGUACAUGUAUUUUAAUGAUGUCUGAAUUUAUAAGUGAGUUACAUUAUACAAACAGGUGAAGACUGGUAUAAACUAUACACAGGGUUAUGCUGCAAUGAAUACAUGAUUUAAGGGCAGUAUUAAAUAUAGUUUUCUUGAUUUUCAAAAUAAGAAUUUUUUGAAGGAUUGUUUUGUUGUUUUUUUAUAUGCCCUUACACAUUUUACUGUGUUUAUAUUGGAGUUGCUAUAAUAGACUGCUGACUGACUCUUAUAUUGAUCAUCACUUUUAGCUUUGUAGAUUUUUUUAUUAUUUAAUCUAGAUUCAUACAUUAUGACAGUUCCCUUCUUACAAGCAGUAUGUAUGAAAUUUCAUAGCUCAAAUGUUGCAAUUUACAGAGUACAUUUUAUGUUUUUAAUCAGAAAAAAAAAACAGUUUAAAAUUUGGGUUUCUAUAAGAACAUUUAUUGUAUAAUUGUUCAUUUCACUGCCUUGAUAAAUUCAGCUUUUUAUCAAUAAAUGCUUUCUUUCUCAAACAAUUUCUUUGAUAUAUUUUUAAAAUGUACAUUUUUUCUACAUAAUUGUAUAAAAUACAGGGGUGGUUGAUAAAGAUUUAUAUAUCCAUUAUUACUGCAAUAGUUUGGUAAAAUGCUUAAGCACGUUUGAAAGUAAUGCCAGAAACAAUAUUUUUAUAAUUCUGAAUUUUAACUAAUAUGUAAUAUAUAUUUUGUCAUUGUUUAAGUCAGUAUUAUAAUAAUGGAGAGGUUAGGACUUAUACUCUAAUAUAUAUAUACAAAAUUCAGUAGUUUAUUUAUAUGGUUUUCAUAAUAUAUAUUCAUGGUUAUAAUUGUAUAUGGUCUAUUUGAGUAACACUGUGCUGUGAUUGCAAUGCUCAUCUCUGUGAUUCAAAUCAUGAUUUUGAAAACAAUAAUAUGUUAACAAAUUAGACUGAACAAGGUAACAUAAACACACAGAGAAUCUACUAUGCUACAUCGAAAAGCCUGUAAUCUCAGCAGGAAUCAAUUUUCUCCAAGAUUAUGUUUCAAAUUUUAUACUGUAUGUAUAGAGGUCUGUGUGAAGCAUUUCAUAAUGAUCUUGGGUUGAACUUGAAACCAAAUUGUAUAAAUGUUAUGAUUGAGACGACUUGAAAGCCCGUCUCAAAAGCUCGAUAUUCUGUGGAUGAUUAUUAUAUAAAAAAAAGAGCCCUAGAGUAAAAAUAAGAAUUACUAUUUGUUAGUCUCAACAUGAUUUAGGUGUGUUGAGUAGAGUUAAACCUUGUUUAUAUGUACCUGCAAAUUGAUAAAUGACAUAUUAUGGAUUUAUAAUGUAUUAAAAGAAAAUGCAUUUCCUAAUUUAUUCCAUUAUUGAGGGUUAAAAUAGUCACUUUGCAUUUGUCCAUGUUAAUGUCAAUAUUUUUAAAUAAAAUCAAUAGAACCAAUUGCUUUUUACAUUAUCACCAUGUAUCUGGGUGUACAAGUUUAAAUAAUGUUAAUCUACUAAAUUAAUUCAAUGAAAUAUUUUAAAUGUAUAUUAUGAUAUGAUUAGAUCUUUUAAUGUACACUAAAACCACUUAUGAAUUUGUAGGCCUAUAUUAAAUAAAUAAAUAAACUGA